CUCAGUCACUCUCUUCACGUCUAUCACUCACGUACCCACCACCACCGUAUCUUCAUUCAUUUCAUUUCCCCAAAACAAUUAUUUAAAAUAAAAGAAAAUAAAAGGAAUUCUCACACUUUUUUUUUUUUUUCUCUCUCUUUCUCUCUCCUUCGAUGGUGGAACACCACCACAUACGCAGAGUCGUCGGAAGAAAAAGGUGAGAGAAGAUCGGAGCGCCGAGGCAAGAAGUUCGCCAAAACUAGGGUUUCUAAACUGCCGACGAAGAUAAAUAAAAAUGCCGCUCUCGAAGUACCGCGUGCGGAACGAGUACAGUUUAGCGGAUCCCGAGCUGUAUCGUGCGGCCGACAAGGAUGAUCCAGAAGCGCUUCUCGAAGCCGUCGCCAUGGCUGGACUCGUUGGACUCUUGCGCCAGCUUGGCGACCUGGCCGAGUUUGCUGCUGAGAUCUUCCAUGAUUUACAUGAAGAAGUAAUGGUUACCGCUGCAAGAGGCCACGGUCUCAUGGCUCGUGUUAAACAGCUUGAGGCUGAAGUUCCUUCACUGGAGAAGGCUUUCUUUUCUCAAACUCAUCACUCUUCAUUCUAUACCAAUGGAGGGAUUGAUUGGCAUCCUAAUCUACAGUCUGAACUAAAUCUUGUGACUCGAGGAGACUUACCUCGAUUUAUAAUGGAUUCAUAUGAAGAAUGUCGGGGUCCUCCAAGACUGUUUCUUCUGGAUAAGUUCGAUGUAGCUGGGGCUGGGGCAUGCCUUAAGCGUUAUACUGAUCCAUCAUUCUUUAAAAUAGAAUCGAAUUCACUUGUAAAUGAUACAAUAGAAGUUCAGAGAGAGAAGAGAAUUCGUAAAGUCAAGCUGAAGAAAGGAGCAAGGCUGAGGGAUGGUGAAGCUCCUAAUGUUGUACCAUCGCAUUCAAAAUUACAUCAGCUGCUUCUUGAGGAGCGUAUUGAAAAUGGUUAUAGUAAUCCUGCAAGACUAGUGAAGUUGAAAAAAAGACACAUGAAUGGACCAACUGUUGAAGCAGGAGAUGGUAAGAGUUACAUGGAGAAAUUUCUGGAAUCUCCUUCACCUGAUCAAAAGAUGGUUUGUGAAACUUCAAUCUUUCCGUUGCCUGUCAAAUUGACAUCAGAUGAUACUAGUGAGACUGGGAUUAAAAUUCUUGAAAUCAGUAGCAUUAGUCCUGUGAAAAGGUCAAAGGGAAAUAAAAACACCCAUUCAUCCCUUGAUGAGCAGGAACUAGAACUAAAACCAUCUUCAGAAAUGGAUGGUGGGACUGAUGGAGAUCCUGUGAAGGUGAAAGAACAAGUCUCAUCUGGUGUGACAGAUAAUAUGUCUUCUAAUGAUCGUAAGUUUCUUGAUGUAGCACAAUUGGCUGUUGAUGAACGAAAGAUAAUAGAAGGUAACUUAGAUGGGUACCAUUCGGAUGAUGUGACUAGUGAAGUUGACAAUUACAUGGAUGCUUUAACUACCAUGGAAUCAGAAUUGGAUACAGAUAACGAGUAUAAACCUAAGAAUAGCUUCUUGAAUGUUGGAAAGGCAACAAAUACCAAGGAUAAAGAAGAACAACAACUACAAGCACAUUUUUCAGAUUCUCAAUCAUUUGGGGACUCUUCAAUGUCUGAUGACAGUAAUUCUUUUAAACAAGAUAGAAAUGAAGAAAUUAUUCAAGUGCAAGCUAAGUCGUCAGAUUCUCAAUCAACUGGAACCUUCUCUUCAUUGGACAAUCAUAGUUCACUCAGAAGAGAUAUAAAUGGGCAUCAUAUAGAACCACAAGCUCACCUCUCAGAUUAUCCAUCUGUUGGAAACUCCUCUACAUCAGAUGAAAACGAUUCUUUCAUGAAAAAUGGAUCCUAUUCAUCCCAGUCUGAAUCAUUAAGCACCGUGGUUGAAAAUACACCAGGACCUUUGUUAUUCACAAAUACUAAGUACUAUGGACCGGUGGUUGAAGAUGCACCAUCCAACAAGCCUCCCCAAAAUGUUGAGUUUCAACACACAGAUUGUGGGGGGUCUGUCAUGCAUGAUGAUACUCCUGUUCAUGAAGAAGAGAUUUCUGAUUUUGGGCAAGCCUGUUCAGAUAUGACGACUUCAGGACAGGGGUUGUGUUCUGAUAUUGGAUCCAUCUCUCAGGUGGUCCUACCCACAGCAACUGAAUCAGGCGUAAUCUCAUCUGAUCCUGUUGAACUUAAUUUAAGGUUAGAUGGUGAUGAUGCAGACAGAACACAAGAUGAUGAUGCAGGCAGAACAGAUGACAAUGACGAUCCAGGCAGAAUAGGAGAUGACAAUGUCGAUGCAGGCAAAAGAAGUGAUGAUGAUGCAGACAGAACAGGUCUUGUUGAAUCUAUUACUUCCAAGCCUGUUUCUCUCUCCCUCACAAAAGACAAUGCUUGUCCUGUUGAUUCUUCUGAUAAAACAUCAUUCGACAACUUGGAUGAUGAUGAUGAUCCAUGUAUUCACUCUAAUAAUCUGUUACAAGUUUCUAGUGAUUUGGAGUUUAUUGCUCAUGGAGACGAAUGCAAUUCUCAUUCUGAAAUCAAAAUGUUCCCAGCAAGACCUACAAAUGAAAACAUUUCUGAAAUUUUGGCUAAUGGAGAUAUUGAUUCACCAGGAGAGGAUCCUGUUUGCCCAUCCACAGAAGAAUUAAAAGUGAAUUCAGGUGCUGUGCUGGCUCCUGAUUGUCACGAUUCAAAGGAUCAAGGUUGCACUUCAGCAACGAAGCUUAGUUCAGAGACCCCUGUUGUGAAGAUUCCUCCAAUGAGUUGCUUUACCAGGGUGCUUUCCUCUGACUCAAUUCAAAACAAAACACAGGAGGAACCACACUCAGCAGAAAUUGAAGUUUCAAAUCCUGAUCUGCCAUUGGAAGUUGAUGAGGUACCAAAGAUGGUGCAUGAUGAUGAAAUAAAUGGAUCUACCUGCAGUGUCGAUCCACUUGAAGGUGAUAGUCGUUUUAAACAUCCAUCUCCUGUUGAUCAUGUAAUGGCAAAUGAUCUGGUGACCGGAAAUGUUCAGUCAGAAGAUCAAUCUGUAUUUUCUGUUCCUUGUGUUAAUAGUGCUGAAGAUGGUGUGCGCGUUGAUACUUGUCCAGAUUCAUUUCAGACUUCUCCUUCAAGGGGUUUUUCAGAUUCAGAAGAACCUCUAUCGAAUACUCAUUCUUAUAAAAUGGACAUGAAAUCCAAUGAAGUAGAAUUUAUGCAAAAUGCCAUGGACACAAAUGCAGAGAUGAGUGAGACUCGAUUAGCACCACUGCCAGAUGUAACAUCACCUGAUAAUAUUGCAGAGUUAGACGAAUCUCUUACUAUUUUUGCAGAUUCACAGGAGAGGAAAGUUGACGAGCCAGUUGUCAGAGAAUCUACAGAACUAGAGGACCAUCAGAAGAUAGUGGAUCAACCAGUAAUUACUUCUAUGGAAGAAAAAUUGAACCUGAACAAAACUGUUCUUUGUGAUCUUCAAGAUUCAGAAUCAUGUACUAUUCAGAAGUUCCAACAUAGUGCUUUUGUUGAUAAUGCAGAAACUUUGCUUGAAUUUUCGGGGUUGGAUUCCCAGCUGUCGCAAUCAAUAUUUAAUGGUCAGCAUGAUCCAUUACAAAAUGACAGAGAUAGUUUUUUAUCACCUUUGGGGAAACAGUUGGGACCUGAAACUGAUUUAGAUCUGUUCUCAAAAUCCCAAAUUGGUGAACAGGAUGCAGAAUAUCCACUCGGAGAAGAAAUAAACUUUGCCUCUGAGAAAUCUCAAUAUCAGAAGAUGCAAAUAUAUCAAUUGGAGCCUCAAAGCAAUCAUGCUACUUCUGGAUGUGUGUCAGAAAUACAUGCAGACGAGCCAUCACCAAUUUAUUCCUCACCAGCGUCAUCUAGCCAGAAUGCUGCAAAACUUGUCAUGGAUCCGUUGAUGCUUCUUCUUCCUAGCCACUUUCCCCAGUCAACUGAAAAUAGUCCUGAUGAGAUGCCACCUAUGCCUCCUCUACCGCCUAUGCAAUGGAGAAUGGGAAAGGUUCAGCAUUCUUCCUUACCUUCACAGAGAGAAGAAUUAGAAGUAAGUCAAACUUCAGUCCAGCCAAUUAGGCCUGAUGAAAAUUCCCUAUUUGGUUUACCAACUUCUGAGAAAGAGACCCCGUUUUAUCAGAGUCCAUUUUUGCCUGUCAUGGCUAUGGAAAGUGAUCAGCUCGAACAUUCUUCUGGGUUUCCUGUUGGUGUUUCAGGGCAUUCUGUUGCCAUACCUUUUCAAUUUCCUAUCAUAGUUAAUGAAUCAAAAGGUCAAUAUAAUUACCUCUUGUUGGAUAAAAACCAAAUUCAGAAUCCCUUCUUAACCUUACCCAUGGCAUCUACAGGCAUGUCUCAUGAUCUGAUUGUUGCACCUGAGGAAAGAAUGAUGCAGAAUUCAAACUCAUGUGGGGCAGUACCAGAAGCUGCGUAUGCUGUUUCAGGACAUGAUUCCAUCCCUACACAAGAAAGUUCAACUCAACCUCCGCACCAGUUAAUGUUGGAGACUAGAUCAAAUGAUAAAUCACUUAAACAGAGUAUGGACAGGCCUCCAAAUGUUCUUCCAAUUGCUUCCGAGGGAGAAAUGGGACUGAAUUCAAACCCUUGUCCUACAAUUCCACCUGCUGAAUGUGCUGCAUCUGGGCAUGAGUCCGUUUCAACUGAAGAGAAACUGCCUGAGCCUCUAACUCAAUUAGUGGUGAAGCCUAGUUCAGAUGAUAAAACACUUCAGCAGUCUGUUACUAGUUGGGUAUCAAUGGACAAUCCUGACAGUCACAUUGUUUCUUCCGGUAGAGAAGUGGAACGAAAUUCUAACCCAGACCCUCCAAUUCCACCUGUUGAAUGUGCUGUUCCCGGGGCCGGACAUGAUUCUAUCUCUUCUCAAGAAAAACCAACUCUACCUCCAAGUCAAUUAAUGUCAGGUACUAGUUCAGAAGUUCAAAUCCUUCAGCAAUCUAUACAUAAUUCGGAAGGGGAACAAGAACGUUUGCCAAUCUCAUUCAUGUCUCCACCAAACAUGGAAAGUAUGGAGCCUAAUCAGAGUUUCAUGACCUAUGAGGGAGGAAUGGCAAGGUCCUUGGAUACAUCUGAUCAUACCUUAGAUGUGGAGAGUGAAAGGACUUAUGGAAAACCAAAGAGUAAGCUUCUUCGUCCGCGAACUCCUCUAAUAGAUGCUGUUGCUGCACAUGACAAAAGCAAGCUUAGGAGGGUUACCGAGCGGGUCAUGCCUCAAACUGCACCGAAGGUAGAUGAAAGAGAUUCUUUACUAGAACAGAUAAGAACAAAGUCCUUCAACUUGAAGCCUGCUGUGACCACGCGACCUAGCAUUCAAGGUCCAAAAACAAAUUUGAAGCUUGCAGCCAUCUUGGAGAAAGCAAAUGCAAUUCGCCAGGCUUUGGCUGGAAGUGAUGAAGAUGACGAUGCGGAUUGGAGCGAUUCUUGAACUUACUAUUAGAAGUGUUCUUAGCUGGUGAAUGUUUUUGACACUCUGGUUCUUUCUCGAGCCUGAUCUAUAUAAGUCACGCUCCCCUGUCAUGAAUAGGAAAUCUCCCUGAAAUGCAAGAUUCUUUAUCCUACUUUGUUCAUAUAUGAUACUCUGAACUCCAUAUAGGAUAUAGCUUCUGCUCUUAGUUGCCUUCUUCACAUAUAUAUGCAUGAAAAAUUGUACUAGCAUGCAUGCAGAUUAGCUUCGAUAUCGCGGAGGCGGAACUCACUUCAUUGAAGACGACUCAAGUUCAGCGUGCAAGCGCUGUACAAGUUCCCCAUGCCUCCCGUUCACAUAAGUAAAUGUAUAUUUGUGUUGUCAUAAUUUUUUUUUUUUUAUAUUUAGUCACGAGUAUCCAAUUUUGUAAUUCUGUGAUGUAGUGUUUUGUCAUAAUUGUCCAUUAUCAUGUAGUUCAUCUGUGUCCAGUAUAGUAAUAUAUAUAUACGUGAGUAAAAUCAUUUUAGUGUACAGUCCACUAUUACCUUUGUUCA